AUGCACAGCAUUCAGUUCUGCACUGUUGCACACUUGCAUCGACCACCUCCCAGUGUGGUCACUGUGGUUCCUUUGCAGUUCCAGGAGAUCCGGCAGGGGCUCCAGGAGCAUCACAAGCAGGUGAAAAACUUCCUACAGAUUGUGGACACCUGCAGCCGAUCCCUGGGCUUCCGGCUGGGGGAGACGUCCCCCAGUGAGCAGACCAACCAGGACCCCCAGGACCCAGAGGCCAAGACCGCGCAGCCCUCUGGUCUCCAGAGGCCAUUCUUCGAAGACAUCGUGGCCAUGAGGUCAUCCGAAUGGUUCCAGCAGCCCCCCGGAGUGGACAACGACAUAGGCCACCAGCUAGACACGCAGCCAUCCUGGGACUCAGAGCCCCGGUUUUGGCAGGAGGUUCUGACCGAGCAGCUCUGGCAGGGUUUUGCUGGAACCCAGAACCAGGGGGAGCACCCCAGACGCAGGCUUCUCAGCCCAGCUAUACCCUCUGCCAGCUUCUCUGAGGGCUCCCGAAAAGGAAGCAUAGGACUGGGCGCUGUAGGAGAGGGGGUGUUCUGCAUGGCCCAGGAGCUUGCUGUGAAAACAUACCCAUUUCUGAAGCCCAUAUGCUGGGAUCCUGAAGACUUUGAAAACAUGCGGAAUAGGCCUGAUGCCUUGCCCUGGCAGUCUGAGAAGCUGGCCAUGCCACACAGAGCAGAGAAGAUGCAGAGGCUAGAACACGGGGAGCCCGUGCUGGCCACGGCCGUCAGCAGCUUCACGAGGCACGCCUUCACCUGCAGCAGGGGCGGCAUCAAGGUGUGGAAGCUGGUCGGCCAGGUGGCGGCGGCCAGUUUCCCGGUGAGCUACCUGCGUGUACAGACCCAGGGGGCCUACCUGCGCACCUGCUUGCUGUUCUCAAACAGCACGGCCCUGCUGACCGGCGGCCACAACCUGGCCAGCGUGAGCCUGUGGGACCUGAAAGCACCUUCCCUGCACGUGAGAGCCGAGCUGCCCUGUGCGGGCCUCACCUGCCAGGCCCUGGCCGCCAGCCCCGAGGACAGCCUGGCCUUUGCUGGCUUCACCGACGGCCGUGUCAGGAUCUGGGACCUGCGGGAUCAGAGCGUAGUCAGGGACCUGCCGGGCCACCUAAACAGCGCCAAGAGCAUUGCUGUGAAAGACCAGCACAUCUGGACGGGGGGUCUGGAUGCCUGCCUGCGGUGCUGGGACCUGAGGACCACUGGAGAGCCCUGGGAAUACCAGUUUGAGUCUCAGAUAAUGAGCUUGUCCCCCAGCCCCCGGGAGGACUGGGUGCUGGUAGGCACGGCCAACGGCCAGCAGUGGCUGCAGCCCAGCCUUGGGGGCGAGAAGCACGUGGUGGGGUGUAAGGAGGGCACCAUCCUCGGUCUCAAGUUCUCCCCGCUGGGCCAGUGGUGGGUGAGCGUGGGGAUGGACAACCUGGUCAGCGUCUUCAGCAUGCCCACAGGGACCCCGGUGCUCCAGAUACCCGAGAUGUCCUCCAUCAUGUGCUGUGAUGUGUCCCUCAGUAACCACCUGAUCGUCACGGGGUCUAGGGACCACGCCUCCGUGUACCAGAUCACGUACUGA